UGUGAGAGACACUCUUGUGGCGACUAAAUUUGUUAUUUUAAGUUUUCAGUAGCCUAACUGAAAUUCUGGAUCCACAGCAGAGAUGAUGUUCUGCAGAGCGGCUUGGCAAAGACUUGCGCCUUUGGCACGCAAAACACUCACUCCUUUCAGCAAUGCUGUAUUCCCUACACGACAGAUGUCCUUCGGUCUACCUGCGUCCGGCACAAACAUAGCUUACGUGGUACUUGGUGGAAGCUCACUUACUGCUGCGCUUGUUUAUGCUUAUAAAACAAUAAACUCAGACAGUGCAAGAUAUAAUGAAAGAAUUGCUCAACUUGAGGCCAGACCUAAAAGAGCAGUGGCUGAGGUGGCCCCAGUAGCAGAAGCAGCUGCGGUUGUGGAAACCACAGCAGCUGAGGUGGUUAAUGCAGAGGCUGAACAGACCUCAGAACCUGUGGAUGCAACACUGGAGGUUGAGGCAGCAACCGCAAUUGUAGAAGCAGUAGCAGCUGAUGCUGAGGAACCUACUGCACCUGUUGUUGAGGAUGUCGCUGCUGAGGCUGCUUCUCCCAUUGCUGAAACAACCGUUAUCCCAAUGUCUGAUCUCCUGAGCACUGUGAAAAUCCUGGCUGGAUCUACAGCGGAGAUUGCAGCUGCUUCAGUUGGUGAUCAGCACCUGGUGGCCGCAGUGAGGUUGGCUGAGGAAAACAAUUCUGUUGAGACCCUCAAUGGCCUGGAGGUUGUUGAUGUUAAAGCAGAGAUCUCAGCACCUGAGGAGGCUGUGGUUGAGGAGGUCGUAAUAGGCAGAUCGGAUUUGAAAACAGAAGAAGAACUGAAGGAACUGGCUUCAGGAGUUCAUGCCGUGGAAGAAUUUACUAUUGUGGUGGAUGACCAAGUUAAGUCUGAGUCAGACAGUGCUAUUGUGCAUGAAGUUUAUGUUGAAAGCCUUGCUUCAUCAGAGAAGGUGGAGAACAUUUUGGAAUUGGAAGAGUCAACAAGCCCUGUGGUGAUGCUGUCAGAAGAUGACACCAUCUCUGGAGCUGCAGAGGUGAUGUCAGAUACAGUUGAGACAUUAGGUCAGAAGAUGGAAGAUGAUGAGAAAGCAAUGUGUCAUGAGCCAACUACUACAGAAACAGAACAUGCAGAUCUCACAUCACUGCCAGACCUGGAGGAAUCAUUACAGGCUACAGACGCAACAGAGACUGCAGAAGUUGUUGUGGAAACAAUGCAGGAUGCUGUGGAGGAAGCUAAACCUGUUGAGGUAUCAGAUGAAGCGGCUGAAAGUGGAAAUGUUACAAUGCCCAUGGCCCAAGCUUGAAUGUACUACAUUUGAGACACUGAAAACAAGUGUAACCAAAAUAAUCUGUAACAUUAUACACUGAUGUUAACAUAUAGUGGUGCUGUUACAGUCAUAAAAAAGGAGCUCUGAAUUACUUUUUGUUUUCAGAUGAAUCUCAAAUUUAGUGAAUGACUAUGGUCUCCUUCAUUUUAUUAAUUGUAAUUCAUUAGGUUAUUAUUCAGUAACAAAAACUGAUGACUUAAAAUUUAAAUUGACAGUGUGCUAUUACACUAUGUGUAAAAUGUGUCUUUGCUUCGAGAAUUUCAUGAACUGUUUAGGAAAUAGACCAACUGUUAGACCAAUAUGUUUUGGGAGGCAAGGG